AUGGAAGAAAGAAGACCGGCCACAAAGGUGAAGCGAAUUACGGCCAAGACAGCCAAGUCCGAAACGGCCACAAACGCGAAGAGGACCCAGAAGUUGGAAAAAGCGGCGGCAGAAGACCCGAAGAACCCCGAGUCGAGCAGAAGAGGGCUGACCCGACAGCGGACCAAGAUCAGAUGCCCACCUCUACACCCCACGCCCCUCGUCCCCAGCUACAAAGGCGGCGGUCCGUCCACUGACACUGAUUCGCAGGUAAGUACUAUUUCUGCUCUUACCGUUCCUAAGGAUGUUUUAGAGCAUAGGAGCGAUAGUUGUGAUAAGUCAUUAGCUUCCUCUGAGUCGGCGAGCAUUGAGUCAGUAGGUGCUUUGAGUUUAGAAAGAAAGCAACCUGAGUUAACUUGUGAGGGCAGUUCAGCUAUACUAUUAGUGGCAGUUCCACAGCCACAGUCCAUAAUCUGCCCUGUGGGCUGCAGCAACUCCUACCCAGCAUUCCUCUCGGACGGAACAUACAACCAUCAGGCUAUAACCCGCCAUCUGAAGAGGGUCCACGGGUUCCUGAAGGUCACAUGGAGGUAUACGUGCCUCUUUUGUGGCCUUCACUUUAAGGAACACAAACUCGCUCUGAGGAUGGCAAACCAGCACUUGAGAAAAUGCUCAUCGCGAGUUAUUUCAGAGGGCAUAAGCGCUACCCAGGGUAUGUCAUCCGAGAGGAAUGCCAAAAGUGCUACAUCUGGCAUCACCAACCAAAACAGCUUGUUCCAAACCAAUGUCCCUGCUGCGAUAGUGCCAGUAAAACCCACAGCGAGUUUGGACAGUGCGCGCCAUGGCCUCGAAGCGCCGGAAGCCUGUGCCGCAGUAGUCAACCGACCGAUCGCGCGUAGGGAUAAGGCAUUCCUGUGGGUAAGUGCAACUCGGCACGUAACUACAACCGACGUCGCAUCCAGAGUCAGUGAUGACUCACCCGCGGCGGCGCCGGCCAGGAUGAUGGAAGCGGCUUCCGCGUACCACCCAGUGCCACCCGUUGCCGAAUUGCCCAUAAGUCUCAAACAGGCGCAGCGUGAGAUGAGCGCGACCAGUCGGCUGGACAGCGAACAGCGACCGUUGUCCGCACCGGCGACUGACCCCGUCCCCACUGUAGCUUUACGCUGCACUGACUGCUGCUUCACUGGUACGAACAAUCGCAGUUUGGCGCAACCUAGGCGGACACAUGUAACACAGCAGCCUGCACAGGUGUCAAUCUUACCUGACGCCCCUCUCCCGGACUGCAGCACUUCUGAAGAGUCAGUAGAGUUACAAAGGAUGCCUGACGGACCUAGAAAUAUAGUUUGCGCUGAGUGUCAAUAUAACGCCGGAUCAGCCCAAGGACUCGCAAAUCACGGGUGUUCAUGA